AUGGCUGGGGAAGAACCAAAGACGGUGCCUGUUUCAACCACCGAGGUCGAUACGGACUCUCCGGGGGCCAGUAUAAAAUACGAUUCCGACAGAGAGCGCCAGGAGAACCCGAGCCAACCUCAGCCGGGUAAAAGCACCUUCGAAACAGAAGACCAUCGCUUCUAUCGACCAAUCGACAGCUAUGAGGGCAUACAUCGCUGGGACCCUAACUUUGAAUGGACCGACGAGGAAGAGAGGAAAAUUGUCAGAAAGAUUGACUGGCGUGUCUGCACAUUCGCAUGUGUUACCUUCUUCGCACUGCAACUGGAUCGAGGAAAUAUCGGCCAGGCGUUGUCGGAUACUUUGUUGCAAGACCUGAAAAUGACCAGCAAUGACUACAACACUGGCCAAACUAUCUUCUUAGUCUGCUUUCUGAUUGCCGAAAUGCCCUCGCAGUUGAUUUCAAAGCGACUGGGUCCCGAUCGCUGGAUUCCCAUUCAGAUGGUGGCGUGGAGCUUAGUUGCCGCGUGUCAGUCAUUCUUGAAGACCAAAUCAGCUUACCUAGGUCUCCGUGCCUUGCUUGGGCUACUUGAAGGUGGUUUCAUUCCCGAUACAAUUCUCUUCUUGUCAUUCUUCUACAAAUCCAGCGAACUUCCAAAGCGGCUUACCUGCUUCUGGAUCUCAUACACGCUGACCAGCAUCAUUGGCGCAUUUCUCGCCUUUGGUCUUCUCCACAUCAAGGACUCCAACGGUGGCGGAGCCUGGAGGUACCUCUUCGCAUAUGAAGGUCUCAUCACUGGCGUUAUCGGCAUCCUUGCUGCAUUUUGGAUGCCCGCAGGCCCAACCCAGACCAAAGGCGGACUGCGCGGGAGAGAUGGAUGGUUCAACGAGCGCGAAGAGAAGAUUAUGGUGAAUCGUGUCAUUCGGGACGAUCCAAGUAAAGGCACCAUGCACAAUCGCCAAGCUGUUACGCCCAAGCUCCUCUGGUACUCAUUAAAGGAUUACCACAUGUGGCCGAUCUACGCUCUUGGUUUGAUUUGGAUGAUUCCCUUUACUCCGGCCACCAACUACCUCACGUUGCAACUGCGUCAGCAGGGAUUCUCCACCUUCCAGACCAACUUACUUGUAAUUCCUUCAGCUGUCGUCAGCAUCAUAACGAUGGUCACCACCACCUGGCUUGCAGAGCGUACCAACCAGCGUUUGCUCUGCGGUGCCGCUGUAGAAAUUUGGUACUUGAUCCUACUGAUCGCACUCGAGACGCUCCCGAUGAAAAGCAUGCCCUGGCCUCGAUUUGCCAUCCUAACUCUCACCGUCGGAGGCCCCAGCAUUCACCCCGUGGUGGUGGCAUUAACCUCGCGGAAUGCAGGGUCUGUCCGGACCAGAACGGUCGCUUCUGCUUUGUACAAUAUGUCUGUGCAAAUCAGUAGCAUUGCCGCUGCUAACGUCUAUCGAACCGAUGAUGCGCCGUAUUAUCGAGAGGGAAAUAAGGUCACGAUCGCACUGGCGGUUGUCAGCUUCUUCCUCUUCAUAGGAGCAAAGUUAUACUAUGAUUGGCGGAAUAGGCGAAACGCCGAGAAAUGGAAUGCCCUUACGAGUGAACAGAAGCAACAGUAUCUGCGAGAAAACUCAAUUAUGACCAAUAAACGACUUGACUUCCGGUUUGCCUCUUGA